AUGGCUCCUCGUAUAGAAUUCAGUAUCGAGCAAAUUCGAAAUAAGGCCCGCAAAGACCUGCUGUAUUUGCUUGAGGGUGUCCGCGGAAAGAAAAAUGUCAUCCUCGAUCAGAGUCUUGUCGGUCCAAUCGGAACUAUAGUCAAGGUCGCAACUCUUCAAGAAUAUGGAGUGGACAAGUUCUUCAUUUUAGAGAAUGACAACGCCGAUACAAGCCAGCGCAAUGUCGUCUUCAUUUCUCGGGGCGAGUGCGGUCGCCAUGCCGAAGCCAUAGCAGCCCAAAUCAAACGCAUACAGCGCGAAAGCCAAACAGGGCACGAGUUUCACAUCUUUUGGAUCCCUCGCCGAACCCUCGUAUCCGACAAGUUGCUUGAAGAUGCCGGUGUAUUGGGCGACGUCAAUAUUUCCGAACUGCCACUUUCCUUCUUUCCUUUGGAGAAAGAUGUACUGUCCUUGGAGCUCGACGGAUCGUUUCGCGACCUGUACCUCUCGAAGGACGUUACACCAAACUUCCUAAUGGCGAAAGCCCUUAUGGAAAUACAACAAAACCAUGGUCUCUUCCCGCGAGUGAUCGGAAAGGGCGAUAAUGCAAAGCGUGUCGCAGAUCUGCUUUCACGUAUGCGCCAAGAGCUUCUUGCCGGCGAAGGCACAGCUGAAGCAAACAAGAUAGGGCUGACGCCUAGUACAACAAACGAGAGCGUCAUUAUCAUUGAUCGCGAAGUUGACUUUGUCACACCAUUACUUACUCAACUCACAUAUGAAGGCCUCAUAGAUGAAGUCUUUGAAAUACACAACAACCAGACCAAGGUUGACACGACUGUCGUUGGCGCACCGGCGCAGGCGUCGGCUGCAACCUCACAAAGUCGCAAGCGAACGAUACAAUUAGACUCGACCGACAAGCUAUACGAACAGCUACGAGACGCCAACUUUGCCAUUGUUGGUAGUUUACUCAACAAAGUGGCUAGGCGACUACAAAAGGUGCAAAGCGAUUACGAAAGUAAACACAAAACCAAGACUAUUGCAGAGCUCAAGGACUUUGUCAGCCAACUACCAGGAUAUCAACAGGAGCAACAGAGCGUGAAGACGCACACGGGUCUGGCAGAAGAGAUUAUGAAACACACCAGGACAGACGAAUUCAAAGGACUUUUAGAGGUCCAACAAAAUCUUGCCGCGGGAGCCGACCCGUCAAGCCAGUUCGAUGGAAUCGAAGAACUAAUAUCGCGAGACGCUCCGAUAGCGCAGACGUUGAGAUUGCUGUGUAUCUAUUCCUGCAUAUCUGGAGGCAUCAGACCCAAGGAAUUCGACCAGUUCAAACGCCUCAUCCUCCAGGGUUACGGCUACCAGCACCUGCUUACACUCAACAAUCUCGAAAAGCUCCAGCUUUUCUUGUCGAAAUCUUCACCUCUGGCUGGAAUGAUACCCAUCCCAGGUACCAAUGUCGGAGCCGUAACAACAGGCAGCAAGACGAACUACACUUAUCUCCGCAAACAGCUCCGGCUCAUAGUUGACGAAGUCCAGGAGGACGACCCCAACGACGUGUCAUAUGUGUAUAGUGGCUAUGCUCCUCUCUCUAUCCGCCUGGUUCAAUGUAUCCUGCAGAAGCAAUAUCUCCUCUCUGUGACGAAAGGUAACAGCGCGAGCGCGGCGGGAGCGCCCCCAGGCGUCGGUACGCAAGGUUGGCAGGGAUUCGACGAAGCAGUCAAACAUGUCCGUGGUCAGACAUUCUAUGAGCACCAAAAGGGCGAGGACAAGGCUGUCAAAGCGCGAGCUUUGCUCUCCGGCAGCGGUAACAAACAGACUGUUUUUGUUGUCUUCGUCGGCGGUAUCACAUUCACAGAGAUCGCCGCACUAAGAUUCAUUGCCAAGCAGGAAGAAGACCAAUACCUGAAGAAGCCACGAACCAACGCCGCUAUGGGAACAGACUUUGGGCAGAGCUUCCGUAAAGGAAUCGGCAUUCGGAAGAGGGACGUUGACGAGGGAAACGUCAUUGACUCGGUGCCGCCGUCAGAUACCUCACCCAUAUCAGGUGUCCCAGGCCGGAUAUCACCUCCUAUAACCCCAGACGUUGUUUCGGUUCCGCAAUCACGGCAGACAUCUAUGGAGAUAGCCUCUGAGAUUGCUCCGGAAAUCGUGGUGUGGACUGAGGACAUGGAUAUCGCCAAUGCUAGUCCGGUUGAGUCUGACGAUGAGCUGUCGAGUCUCAAAACCGAUUUCGAGGAAGAACCACUUCAGGUCGAUGCCGACCCAACCCCGAUGCAGACAUCCGCUAAUGGCGGUGCUGUCGGCUCUUUUCCAUCGUCAUUAUCGAAUCUCACAGAGCUGUCAGACCUCUCAUCGAUACCAUCAACGGCGUCGAGUAAGGCUACUACCCCUACGCCAGUCGAGGCUGAGGGUUCGCAAGACCAAGAGCAACCGAUCGACGAGCAGCCCUCUUCUCAUCAACAAUCACCGUCUCACGAGGCUGAACGCUACAAUUUCAACAUCAGGCCAAAGGCUUCAAUCCCGACCGAUAUCUCGCCUUACAGGUAUGCAUCAGAAUGCAUCUCGGCUGCCGAGUCGAGCCGACUUAACCCUUAUGCCCUGCAUCCAGAAGAAUAUCACCUCCUUCGUCAUCACAUAUCUUAUGCACAGGUCACAACAUACCUCAACGUCAGAAAUGGGAUCUUACGUCUAUGGUUGAAGCGUCCUUGGGUUGGCGUGACACGAUUAGAAGCAGUUGGGUGCGCAAAUGCCCGCUGGUUCGAUGCAGCCAGUGUUUGCUAUGAUUGGCUUGUUCGUCGAGGUUAUAUAAACUACGGGUGCGUGCAGGUGCCGGAAACCGAAACGGAAGACAGCAUUGCUCCGGUUAGGAGACAGAAGACAAUCGCUGUUAUCGGUGCUGGAAUCUCCGGGCUUGCGUGUGGUAGGCAGCUAGAGGGCUUGUUCAAACAGUUUGCCGAUCGAUUUCAUGAGCGAGGCGAGCCGCCGCCUCGCGUCGUUGUGCUUGAAGGACGAAGUCGCGUUGGAGGAAGAGUAUACUCUCGCGAAUUCCGAACCAAACCCAAAGAGCCAGUGUCAGCCUUUAAAGGCAAGCGACAUACUGCAGAGAUGGGCGGGAUGAUUAUUACUGGAUUUGAUAGGGGAAACCCAAUCAAUAUCCUUCUUCGAGGUCAGCUCAGCCUGCCGUACCAUGCAUUGACGGCGGACACUACCAUAUAUGACAGCAGCGGAAGAGCAGUUGACCCUGUGCGGGAUCAACUGGUUGAGAAGCUGUAUAACGACUGCCUAGAUCGAGUCAGCGAGUACAAGCAUAAGAACCGACCAGCAAAGCUUAUCGAGGGCAGGCGGGAUCUUAUUGAGGAAGGACGAGACAGUCCUGGCGAUGGCAGCAAGACCAUGUUCCAAGAGGAAGAGGCUGCCGCAGCGCAACCAUAUGCAGCACCAGUAGCUCAACAAAAUGUCCCAGAAAAGGUCAACUUAAUACCGGUGUCUUCAGACAAGCUUACUGGCCGCGUACAUAUGGAGUCUGGAACCCCUGCAACCAUCAAAGCAUCAGACAAAGCAAAGCUUAUGGGAUGGACAAUUCGAGAUUCUGCUGAGGGCGAGAACAUCGACUUGGUACCGGCAGUAAACGAGGGGGGUGCAACCUUGGGUUCUGUUCUUGACUCUGCCAUUUCUCAGUACAAACAAAUUGUUGGUCUGAAUGCUCAGGAUCACCGACUCAUCAACUGGCAUGUCGCCAACUUGGAGUACAGUAAUGCAACGAGCCUGCAUAACCUGAGUCUUCCACUGUGGGACAUUGAUGCGGGUAACGAGUGGGAGGGAAGCCACACCAUGGUCGUUGGCGGCUACCAGAGUGUUGCUCGUGGGUUGGCUCAGUGCCCAAGCCCUCUCGAUCUCAAGACCAAGUUCCCUGUCAAGAGCGUAUCCUACCAUACUGGUGAGGGUAUGGCGUCAGCCGCGAUUGAAUGUGAGGAUGGCUCAGUAGUGGAUGCUGAUGCCGUUGUCUGCACUGUUCCUCUUGGUGUCUUGAAACAGAACAACAUCGUCUUCAACCCACCUCUCCCGUCGUGGAAGACCGAUGUCGUUGGGCGCUUAGGGUUCGGCAUAUUAAACAAGGUUGUUCUGGUAUAUGAUGAAAUUUUCUGGGAGCAAGACAGGCAUAUAUUUGGCGUAUUGCGGGAGUCGGCAAACCGGCACAGUACCUCGCAGAAGGACUAUGCUACAAGCCGUGGUCGCUUUUUCCAGUGGUUCAAUGUUUCCAAUACGACUGGCUUGCCAUGCCUUAUUGCCCUCAUGGCUGGAGAAGCAGGCUUCGAGACAGAGCACUCCAGUAACGAUAGCCUUGUAGCCGAGGCAACAGAGGUGCUGCGCCGUGUCUUUGGUAAAGACGUUCCUUAUCCAGUCGAGGCUAUGGUAACUCGAUGGGGCUCGGAUCGUUUCGCUCGAGGAAGUUAUUCUUCUGCUGCUCCCGGUAUGCAGCCUGAAGAUUAUGACGUUAUGGCGCGGCCCGUUGGAAACCUUUUCUUCGCAGGUGAACAUACUAUCGGCACACAUCCGGCUACAGUACACGGCGCCUACCUGUCUGGCUUAAGAGCAGCUUCAGAAGUGUUGGAGGCUCUGAUAGGGCCUGUUGAGGUUCCAACUCCUCUAAUCCUGCCUAGGGAUUCUGUUCUGCUACGCAAGCGAAAAGAGCCUGCCAAAGACCUAAAACCAGCACGGCUGCAGGCCUAUGAACAGGAUAUACAGGCUCAUAUUCAGGCGAAAAUUGGAGAUAGACCUUCUCGCCCGGCCAAGGUCGCUAGUAACCCAUAUAUCCUUUAUAGCAAGGAUUUAUUCGAUGUUGCACGAAAGAGAUGCGAAGAGAACCGAAAACCCGGCAGGGGUGGCCGUGCUGUGCCCAACGAAGUUCGCAUCAUGACAUCCAAGAUGUGGAAGGAGGCUACGCCUGAAGAGCGUAAGCCGUACGAGGAUCAAGCAACUGAAAUGAAACGAGGCUACGCCGAAGCUGUGCAGUCCUGGAACCAAGCGACUGAAAAAUGGGAUCGUGAGUCGGCCGCUCUGAGGGCAGCUUAUGAGAAAGAGAACCCCUUCGAUGCUUAUAAAAUGCAAAUGGAAGAUCCUCGCGAGGCAUCAUACAAGCAACGUCGGACAAGAAAUAUCAGUUAUGCGGAGGACGGUGAUAGCGAUGUUGGGUUCUGA